GCCCGCUGCGGAGGCAGGACAGGAGGCGGGAUGCGGUGGCCGCGCCCGCGUUCUCCCCUGGCCGUGGCGGCCUUCCUCCUUCCUGCUAGUCGCGCUGCAGCCGCCGCCGCCAUGGCCCAGCUCCGCGCCUCCUCUUCGACGGCCUUCGACUACCUGGUGCUGGGAGGCGGCUCGGGCGGCCUGGCCAGCGCUCGGCGGGCGGCGGAGCUGGGCGCUCGGGUGGCCGUGGUGGAGAGAGGGCGGCUCGGCGGCACCUGCGUGAAUGUUGGAUGUGUUCCUAAAAAGGUGAUGUGGAACACUGCUGUCCACUCUGAGUUCAUCCAUGAUCAUGCAGAUUAUGGUUUCGACGUAUCCGAUGUGAAGUUUAACUGGCGAGUAAUUAAGGAAAAGCGUGAUGCUUAUGUGAAACGACUGAAUGAUAUCUAUCAAAAUAAUUUGAACAAGUCCAAUGUAGAAACUAUUCGUGGUGAUGCUUCGUUCACACCUGAUGGCAAAGGCACGAUUGAAGUGGAUGGUAAAAAAUACACAGCACCCCAUAUCCUGAUUGCAACUGGUGGCCAGCCUUCAGUCCCCAGUGAAAGUGAGGUGCCAGGGGCCAGCUUGGGAAUUACUAGUGAUGGUUUUUUUGACCUUGAAGAGCUGCCGAAGCGCAGUGUUGUCGUCGGUGCUGGAUACAUAGCUGUGGAGAUAGCUGGCAUUCUUUCAGCCCUGGGUUCAAAGACAUCCUUACUGAUACGUUAUGGUGAGGUGCUGAGAAACUUUGAUUCAAUGAUCAGCUCAAACUGUACUCAGGAGCUGGAGCAAGGUGGUGUAGAAGUCUGGAAACAUUCUCAGGUCAAGUCGGUCACAAAGUCACCUUCAGGACUGCUGUCGGUAACUGUAACAUCCUCUCCUCCAAGUCAGAAACCCACCUUUAAAACUAUUGAGGAUGUUGAUUGUCUGUUAUGGGCCAUUGGUCGAAAGCCAAACACAGAGGGGCUAAAUCUUGACCAGCAGAAUAUUAAGGUAGAUUCUAUGGGUCAUAUUAUUGUUGAUGAGUUCCAAAAUACCAGCAGAAAGGGGAUCUAUGCUGUUGGAGAUGUAUGUGGGAAAGCUCUUCUUACACCAGUUGCGAUAGCUGCUGGAAGGAAACUGGCACACAGGAUUUUUGACAAGAAAGAAGAUUCUAAACUUGACUACACCAACAUUCCUACCGUGGUCUUCAGUCACCCACCUAUUGGAACGGUGGGACUAACGGAAGCGGAAGCUAGAAGUACAUAUGGAAGCGAGAAUGUGAAAACCUAUACAACUUCUUUUAUCCCAAUGUAUCACGCUGUAACUAAAAGGAAAACGAAGUGUGUAAUGAAACUGGUGUGUGCAACUAAACAGGAGAAGGUGGUAGGCCUUCAUAUGCAAGGGUUAGGAUGUGAUGAAAUGCUUCAAGGCUUUGCUGUGGCUGUCAAAAUGGGAGCAACAAAAGCAGAUUUUGACCAGACAGUGGCCAUCCACCCAACAUCUUCUGAAGAACUUGUUACACUUCGUUGAUUUUUUUUUUAAUAAGGUGCCUAGAUGUAAUCUUCACAGAAUCAUGUUCUCCCCUUUUAAUUCAAUACAAGAUUAAUUUGUCUUUUCUUACUGCAACUGAACUGUAAAUGAAAUCUUUGCCCAUCUAGCGACAAACCCUGGAAAACGCAGCACUGGAAUAAUAAUACUCAAAGAAUAAAGUUGCCUUAAAUCAUCUUAA